CCGGCGCCCUUCUCCGCGACUCCUCCGGGCCUCUGGCGCCCACUGACUGCUCCCCGGUCCCACGUUCAGACAUUCUUCUCCGCGACUCCGCCCUGCGCCCACUGCUCCGCGACUCCGCCGCCGCCGGCCCCAGUCCUAAGCCCCGAAAAGUGAAACCUUCCUUCUCCGCGACUCCGCCGGCGCCCACUCGCCACUGCUCCGCGACUCCUCCGGCGCCCACUGCUCCGUGACUCCGCCGGUCCCAGCCCCGCCCUGAAACCCUCUGAACGCGACUCCGCCCGGCGCCGGGCGCCCACCGCUCCGCGACUCCGCCAGCCCCAGCCCCAAGGCCAAGCCCUGAAAAGUGAAACUCAAACCUUCCUCCGCGCGCGACUCCAUCCGGCGCCCAUUGCUCUGCGACUCUCUCCGCCCACGGCUCCUCUUCCUCCCUGCCGAGUGCUCCCAGCGACAAAAUUUUUUGGAUUCGCCACUGUCUAACGUGUCUUUUCUUCCGGCGAGGGUAGUUGCUACCAAAGCUUCUUUUGUUUUGUUUUUUUUGAAUCCCGGUGAAGGAAGGAAAGCAUUUGGAAACAAGAACUCAAGAUAACUCCCACUGGACCCCAGCGUUCUCUUCUCAACCCUUUUUCGCGACUUUAAAAACCCAGCUUGGUUCCUCCGCUCAUUCCCAAUUCGCCAUGGCUUCUCCAACUCCUCUCUCUCCGCUGGUCUCCGGCCACCAUCACCACUGCCUCCCAAGCGCUGUCGAGGAGCUCCUCGCAAGAAUAUGCCGCGACAAAUCCCUCUCUCCUCCGGAUGCCAUUGCCCGGAGGGAGCUGGCUGCCCUCGGAGAGGAGGCUUCUCUCCGAAUCUUGCAUGACAUUUCCGCCGCUAGGAGCGUCAAGAACCUAUCCGGCUUCAUUGUUUACAUGGCCAAGAACUCUCCUGUCGCUUUGGCUCGGCACGCCGAGGCGUUGUCCACCCAAGAGAGUGCGUGCUUCUCGGGGCCGUCUUCCCCUGCCUUUACGUCAAACAGAGAUGAUUCUACUGCGUGCCCAUUAGAUUGUGAGAUGCCUCAGAGACAAAUGGCAAGCCCCCAGAUGGAAGCAUUGGGCGAACUGGAGUUCAGGAAAGCUUUCUUGAUUUUAAGCUACAUUGGCAAGUCUAGCCUAGAAAGUGCAAUUUCUGUAGGUUUCAUUCAGAGAAUAAAAUUCUUCCCAAUGGCUCUCUUUGAGUCGGAAGUCUGGAGAGAAAUUGGUCAUAAGUACAUCUCUGAUUCAGACCGGAGAAAGGCUCUUGACUGGGAUUCAGGAAAGACACAUGUUUAUCAUUGUUGUGUAGAUCUAGAUGGAACCUAUAUAUUCAAGGGCCCAUAUCUUCAAGUCACCAAAACUCACCUACAGCGGGUCUUAGGAGAUGACAAUGUGCUGUUAGUAAAGUUCGCUGAGGAUAUGCAUGGGGAAAAAAGAUCUGCACAUUGUAUUGUCUCUUCUACUGAUGUUUACCAUAAAUUUGCAAAAGAAGGGAUUCUUGUAGGUUUACGGCGGUAUUAUUUUUUUGUUUUCAAAGAUGGAGGCAAAGAAGAGAAGAAGAAAAGCCCAACUUCAUCUACUGUGAGGUGCUACUUUGUUCGCAUGGAAUCUAGUUGGGCUAUGGAUGAGGAUAAACCUUACAUACUGUCUGACAAACUAACACAUGAAGCACGUAUUAUUUUCAUGCAUGCACAUAUGGUUUCCAGUUUGGCAAAAUACAUGACCAGGUUUUCUUUAAUCCUCUCAAAGACCAUCAAGUUAGAUAUUGAUCUCACAUCUGUUCAUGUCAAGGACAUUGAAGACAUAACUUGCAUGGAUGAAAAUGGAAACAUUAUGUAUGAUGAAGAUGGGGAACCCAGGAUCCAUACCGAUGGGACUGGGUUUAUUUCAGAAGACUUAGCAAUGAAAUGUCCAGGAAAUAUCUAUAAGGGGCAUUGCUCAAUUCCAGGAGACAUCCAGAAAAAUUUGGAUGGGUCUGGCAUCUUAGAGAGAGAUUCAAGUUCAAGACAAUGCAGAUCUUGUAGUGCUGAACCGCCUUUGCUUAUCCAAUUCCGCUUGUUCAAGGAUGGUCGUGCUGUGAAGGGAACCCUUCUAAUAGACAAACGGCUUCCUCCAAACACUAUUCUUAUACGACCUUCAAUGAUAAAAGUCAAAGUGGAUCCAAGCAUCUCAUACAUCCAAUCUUGCAACUCUUUGGAAGUUGUUGGUACGAGUUAUUAAAAUAUUUUAGAGCUAGCAAACCAUGGGUUCGUACAGCUCCAAGGAUAAAAGUUACUCAGACAAAGCCUACUCAGUUUUCCAAUACAGAAUUAGAAAGCGAGCUCUUUGAUCGAUUCUUAAUCAGUAGAUUUAAGCCCAGUUACACAAUCGGUACGGCAGCAGAUUGUUGGCUGAUGUAUAUGGAUAGGCUGUUGACGCUGGGUGAUGAAUGUGCUGAGCAAAAGCAAUUAUUAAGAGAAAAGAUGCUUGAGUUGGUUGAUAUAUAUUAUGAUGCUCUAGAUGCAUCAAAACAUGGACUGAAGAUUGAAGUUCCCAGUGAGCUGAAGCCCGACCAGUUUCCAAAUUUCAUGGAGAAGAAAUAUUUGGACAAGGACAAGGUAUAUGAAUCAAAAUCCAUAUUUGGAUUGAUCUAUGAGAAGGUGAAAUCAUCUCAAACAGAGGAUCGUCCGUCCAAUGAAAUAUGGCAACUUCCUUGCUUUAGUUUGGAGAAGACUUCUUGCUUGGAGUCAUGGAAGCAACACUAUAACGAGUACUUAGCAGAGAUGCGCCAAGUUAUGUCCAUGGAACAUGAUUCCAAAGAAUCUAAAGACUGGAUGGCAAAUAAAGUUAUCCAAAAAUAUAAGCAGAUGCUAUAUGGAGCUUCAGAAUUUGAAGAGAGCAACAAGGAACUUGAUGAUAUUUUUAAUGAGGCUCUUGCUAUUUAUCAUGUUACUUAUGAAUAUGCAAAGAGUGUCGGGACUGCCGGCAGGUGCUGCUUUGCAUGGAAUGUUGCAGGGCGUGCUCUGUGUAUGCUCCAUGCAAAGAAACAAAGUCAAUUCUCUUCAAUUUUAUGCUUAUCUUCUGUACUUCGGGAAGUGAUUGGAUAACAGUUUAAUGUAUAUCAUAAUGUUAUAAUCCAGUGUAAUGCUGCGAGGUUUUCGCUAAUAAUUAAGGAUUUAUAUAACAGUCUGCUUUUUGAGUUUU